AAGCAGGGGCCUGCCUCCGACCUGCCUCCCCCCUCCCCACCCCAGGGCUCAUUCUUCCCUCUGGAGGAUGAAAACCGGACCCUCCCCAACUUGGCCACGGAGCCUCUUGUCAAGGAGACGGAGCGCAUGGUGUACGUGUCCCUCUCCGAGUAUUUCUUCGACUCCGCCCUGUUUGCCUACUACCACGCCGGUGUUCUGAGGAUGGAGCUUGCUGGCGAACAGGUGCCCAAAGACUUGGACGUCCUGCUGCGGGCCUCCUUCUUCGGGAGCAUCAUGCUCUUGAAUCCCUCCGUGGUGGACGCGCCGCUGAUGCUGCAGCUGCAGGUGACGGCCCCGCCCACCUGCGCCAUCAAGCCCUCCGGCACAAGCGUCUCCGUCUCGGCCAACCUCGGGAUCUUCUUGGUGCCCCCCAACGAGCCCCUGGUCCAGCUUUCCAGCAUGACCAUGGACGCGCGGCUGAGCGCCAAGGUGGCCCUGCGCAAGAAGGCCCUGCAGGUCCAGCUGGACCUGAGGAGGUUCCGGAUCUCCUCCAACCAGUCGGCCCUGGAGUCCCUGGCGCUGAUCCCGCUCCAAGGGCCCCUGAAGACCCUGCUGCAGUUGGCCAUCAUGCCCCUCAUUAAUGAAAAGAUGUGGGAGGGCGUCCAGGUCCCCCUCCCCGAAGGCAUGGACUUCACCAAGGAGGUGGUCACCAACCACAUGGGCUACCUGACCAUCGAGGCAGACCUCCACUUCUCCAAAGGCCUGAAGGAAGUCAUCGAGAAGUACCGGGCAGCGUCCGGCCCCAGGCCGACCCCCCAGGCUGCCUGAGUCCCCCCCCCACUUGCUUUUUACUGAAGGGCAGGGCCCCCCCCCCCAGUCCUGCGCCAUCCUGACAGCUCCUCUCUGUUCCAAGGCCAAGGAGGCUGGAAAGCAGCACCAAUAAACAGGUCUCCUCUAAUGUAGAGGUCAUGGGGUCACUCUGACUGGGGGCGGGCUCAGACCUGCAGUGGGAGGAAGCCGUCACAGAGAGCAUUUUUCUCAGGAACUUGCAAAAGUCCCGACCAGGCGCAGAAAGACCACAGAACUACCGCUUUUGGUGUGGGCCACCCCCUCCUUCUACCAUGUUGCUCAAAGGACUAGGAGGUGGACACAAAUGGUGGUGGGUGGAGGGGGAGAGCAGCCAGCGUCCACGGUGUGGAACCCCCCCUCUUCCCAUUGUGACAGCCAGCCGGGGUAUGCAACAGCACAAAACCAAAACAGGACCCACAGUAAGUAGGAAAUACUGAAAACCAGCAAAUACCGCGCUACAGACGAUUACAAAGUAACGCAAGUAAUUUUUGUAUAUUUUU